AAAAUAGACACAAUCAGACGCGUAAACAGAGUGGCCCUCUUAACAGAUCGCAGUCUGAGCGGAGAUCGAUUCGACAACAUACAAAAUGAGGAUCACUUUCUUCAGAAUUUCAUUUUCCUUUGGUAAGUUAAUUCACCUUUUCAGUCGAUUUUCAGAUUAUUAAUGGUGUUUUGUGGUUUGGGUGCAAAGCAUUUACAGAUGGGCAUGUAAUUUAAACAGAGGCUACUAGUGCGCAAGAAAAUAAACCGGACCUUACAGACAAUUUUUUCUGUGUGAUAUGUGUUUCACUGAUGCUUUUGGCUUCUUUUCAGUAUUUUCGGUGUUCAGUUAUUUGCGAUGGCUUCGCUUCUAAUUUUUCUAUCGAGCCUUAACUCUUCUUUAGCAGAUUUAUGUACAUUGUUCGUCGCCCUGGAGCGAUGAGGUUGUGUGUUUCCCUAACUCGCUCGGUUGCCUAAUUCGUUCACAGAGUUGGCAGAGGGACUUUAGUUGAUCCACUGGCAUUUUAAAAUUUCAAUUUCUUGUUAAAAUAUUCCUUCAGAACUUUUGUUAAAAGCACCCGCGAGAUCGCUAAUUUGAGUAAUUUUCGAUCAGCUAUUUCUAGGAAACGAGUCUUAAUUAAAAUAGAAUGUCUGAACAAUCAUUCACGCGUUUUAACUUCACUCCCCCUUAUUUUAAUUCAGUCUGAAAUGUAUUAUAUACGAAGAAAACUGUUUAUAUGGUAUUGUCUCGGAUCUUUAAAUUGUUGGUCAAAUUAACUGAAAUAAAGGUACCUUUGGAAGGCAUAGAGUGUUUUAUUCCAAGAAUCCUAAUUCGUCAUGUCUUUCCACGAAACAUGCGAUAGCGAUGACUGCACAAGUAAUUCAGAGAAACAUUUACAGCAGUUUUCCUUUGAUAGCCUCCCUGGAAAUGAGCAGUAUUUGUAUCAUUUUUCUCGUUCUAGAACGUCGAGAUUGCAUGUGCGCGCUCAGUUGCGUAUUUCGAUCACCAACUUGGCUUGGUGACUUUCGUUGAUCCACCAGCAUUUUAAAAUUUCACUCUCUUGUGGAUAUGUGUAUUCAGAUUUUUUUUUAAGACACUCAAGAGAUUGCCAAUUAGAAUAAUAUCUAUCCUCUCUCAUCGGCUAGCGAUUUCUAAGAAACGAGUAAAUCGCAUGUCUGGAAAAUCCUGUCUCACUUUCUACUUCACUCCAGUUUAUUUACAUCGGCAUGCAACUUAUUAUGAAGAAAAUAGAGUGUUUUGAUGACAUUUUCUCGGUUCUAUAAACUGUAGGUAAAAUUAACUGAAGUAAAGGUACCUCCAAGAAUCCUAGAGCGUCAUCUCUUUCCGCGAAGUGCACUAUAGCUCUUUGCAUUAUGACUGCAAAACAAUUCAAAGAAACAUAAAGAGUAGAUUCCUUAAAUAGCUUCCCAGGAAAUAAGAUUUUAUGAAAAUAGUGGCUUCAUAAUAUUUCAAGGAAGAAUUUUUGUUCAAGAAAGGCUUGCUUCCAGAGCCCAUCAAGAGACUGCAGCGAGGGCAGACGAGCUAUGUUUAAAUUGUUAUUGUGCCCACGAAACCUGAUGUCACUUGACUAACAAGAUAUAUUCACACAACACGCUUUCCGUGGGUUGUUGAGUUAGUAUGAGUUCUUUUGGAAAGGAAAUCUAAACAAGUGUUUUCUCUGGAUAAAUAAUUUAUUGAGGCCUAUCGAAGGACUAUAAAAAGUAAAAUGAAAUCAGUGCUUAGGGGAGAGCCUUGAGUGUUUACAUUUCGCAGAAAAAAGGAAAAAAAAACGUCGAACCCCAAGGGAACAACAAAGUCACGAAAUGCAAACACGAUAUUUAAAACAAUAACCUGGAAUGCUAAUUUAGGGUCAUAAAAAACAGUCGUGAUACGGCGUUAGACUGAUAAUCCAACGAGUCGACGAUAUUAUUCAUCAGAAAGACAAUCAUCGCCAUCGCCUGGGAGUCUGGCAGGAAAAGAGUAAAUUUUUUCAAUUAUGUCAAAUAAUCCAUAAGUGCAACGGGUUUUUAAGGUCAUAUUUUAAAUGACCCAUCGUUUGAAAUUCAGUUUUUAUUGUUUAGUUUCAUAAUCCACAGGAAAUUAAACGACAGUUUGAUCAAUGGCUUCUUGAGGCCACCUGAUAAAUAUGAAUGUACCGAUUAAUAUAUAGAUUUAGCCUAAAAGCGGAGCUCUUAUUAGUUUAUUUUCCAGCCCUACAUUACACUGAAUAAAAACUGUAAUAAACGUAUCUACUGGCAAGUCUUUGUAUUACAUUUCAACCCAACCAUUUCCUCAGUAUAUAAACACUAUUACAAUUUAAUUAGCCAGGGAAAUGGAAAACUUGUGACACAUACACCAUGUUUGAAAUGCCAUGACCAUAGAGGAGGAGGAUGUAUGUGGGAAUAGGCCCUCUUGUCUGUAUCAUUAAUUUGCUAAUCACUCCUGUUGGCAAUGUUUUGAUGAGGUUGGGCUAUCAAGGCAAAGGAACUGAGGAUUUUAGAUGUACAAUGGCAAGAUGUACAAUGACAGGUUCAAGAAAUUUUCACAACUAACUUUCAAGGUUAGCCUACCUGGAACAAUCAUCUUGAACUGAUGAUGCCCAACAGAACUAUCUGUAGUAAGAGGGCAGGCUUUACUUUCUUCAUUUAAAGAAAUAAUGAUGCUAUCAUUUUUCUACAAGCUCAGUGGAAAGUGAGAGUGAAUGAGACUGAUAGUGUCUUUGUUACUUAAAUAAAAAAUUCAAUAUCCAGAGCCAGGAUAAAAAGUCAGACACGGUCUGCAAAACUCUCUUACAUUAAUUUUUUUUUAACCAAUUAAGCUAAUGCCUUACAUUCUUGCUUAAUGUGGAUGCCAAUUACUGGUAGUUUAACUUUUAUGCAUCAAUAUACAAAAAAAUGUUCUCUUCAUCUAUGUGCCCUGAACAUUACAGGGGAGGAGGCAGGUUAAACUAAACACAUGAAUUAAAAUAAGAGGGCCCCCAUUAAUUUCAGUCCUAAUUAAAGGAGGAUGCUUGUUUUUCCAGAUUCCCACCCUUUUAUACUCACAUAUCUUGUGACCAAUUCCUUAUUUCAAUGUUCAGUUUGGGUAGGACCAUCAGUAAGAAACACCAUGCAUUAAUGAAAGCUUGAGGUACACUACUAGUGUAUUUAAUGCAAUCUGAAUAAUAAUAUUACAUGUUACAGUAUGGUAACUUACACAGAACAAUUAUAUAAUCACACAAUUCCAAACAAAGGAAGUCAGGUUAUUGACUUGCCUGCUUCAACUUUUGAGGGCUUAUGGUACAGAGAAUAGACAUAGUAAACAGCUACAAUUGAUACAAAGUUGAAAGUUUGAAGGCUAAAAGAUAUACAUGACAAUCAUCAGACCCUAUGCAUCCUAGCAAAAGAAGGGUCAUUUACCACCAUACCUUCUCCCAAAUGUUCAUGCUUACAGGAAAUCAUUUAUUUUUGUCUUUAGGUGGUACUGUAUUUACAAUAGUUCUGCCAUCAGAAAUUCAUUUUCUAAAGUUAUCUCAUAGCACAUGACUGUACAGGUCAAGUGGAAGGUUCCUGCAUGGGACUUAAAUAUUUCAAUUACCUCAGCAAACUGUAAUCAUCAGAAUUGCAAGCCAUGGUGUAUUUACCAAGUGCUCAAGUUUCCAAAUUAGUUACCUAAUUCUUACAGUGGAGUUCAGUCCUUUUUAGGCUAUGAAAUCAUCAAAUGUUACUCACAUAUUCAAAUAAUUACCUGAAUCAAACGUUAUAAUUUAUUUUUAAUAACCUGCUACCUUUAAUUGUGAUCCAGGAAUAGUAAAUGGUAUUGAAUUAGAAAGGAAAAGUGUUCUUGAAACAUUCCACAUUAAAUGAAAUUUUGUUAUGAAUGUUAAUUGUGAUUGCAACAAAAACAUCUGUGAAGCCAUAACAAUUACCUUUCCAAGUAAACAAACCAUAAUGAUGCAUGAUAUGAAUAAAUUUAAUCUCACCCAGUCUGAAUGUAGAAUCCAAAAUCUAAUUAACUUACUGGUGAAUAGGAAAAAGCUCAAUGUGUUUUUCCUGCCUCUGUCAUUCUAAAUAUCAUAAAUCAAUCAAUCAGUGUGAUUUUUUUGAUGAUAUGUGCUUUUUCUUAUGAACGGCUUUUUUAAGUACCUAUUUUUUACCAGCGGACAUCUGAGAAGAAUGAAGUGUACACUGGCAAUUUGACACAAUGCAGGCAAACCCUACAACUGAUUAACCCUUUAACUCCCAUGAGUGACCAAGGCAGAAUUUCUCCUAACAGUAUCAAUACAAUAUCAAUCAGAUAAGUGAUGAGAAUAAAGAAAAAUAUAACCUUGAGAAUGAUUAGUUGAUCCAAUACUAAAUUCUUAGAACUAACAUUAUAAGAAUUGUAUAGUUGACAGUAAGGAGAAUUACAAAUUUGAACUGGGAGUUAAAGGGUUAAAUUUUAUUUGAUCAAAAACAUGAAUGACGAUAGAGGAAAUUAGCUAGCACAAUUCAAGUUUCCCCUCUUUAAGUAUUCUGUGAUGUUUUUCUAUCACAUGGUAAAGUUUACAGUUUCCCUCUUUUAAAUAUCUUCUGUUCACUUGUUUGUUUGCUUUCCUAACAAUCUUAGCUAUUGUUUCCAACAAACGCGAGGAGCAUAUACAUGAAAAUGUGUACAGCUAAUAACACUUUAAUCCCUGAGAGUGACUAGCAUCUAAUUUCUCCAUUCAAUAUCACCUGAGUCACACAUUAGGGUCAUGAGAAUAAAGGAAAUAAUAAUCAACUGAAGAAUCUCUUGAUUGUUAAACAAAUUCUCCCUGCCAGCACAUAAGGAAAUAUAUAGAGAACAGUUUGGAGAAUAUGCACUCUGAUAUUGGGGUGUAAAGGGUUAAAGACAUCAUGUAAUCAGUUAUAUGUAUGUAGAGUACUGCUUGUAUAUGAUUGCAUUAAGUACAAUUUAUAAUGCCAAGUAAACAUCAUUCUGUGGUCUUCUACUCUUCCACCCUGGAGAUUGCCUUGUGUAACAAAAAAAAAAACCUUUUUAAAGACACUCUACAAUGGUAGGUACACACAACUGACAUGUAUGAGUGAUGCAUGUCAAGCAUUUAGGUGUGAUUGUCAAUUUGUCUUUUAUUAUUUGCAAACAGCUUACUUCUAUCAGCUUUAAAAACUUCUGUACUUCUGUAUCCCCACUUUCAAAGGAAAGCAUUUCCCAUGAAAAUUUAAGCAUUAAAGACAUAAGUGUUUCAUAUCGUCAGAUUCUCAUCACAUUCUUUUGUUACCGGUACAUUUGAAAGCAUAAGAAUAUUUUAAUCAUUACAAUAUGUUGAAAUCCCUCAUUUUAACCCUUUAACUCCCAUAAGUGACCAAGAAAGAAUAUCUCCUUACAAUAUCAAAAUAAUAUCAAGCAGACAAGUUAUGAGAAUAAAGAAAAGUAUCAGUUAGGGGAUUAUAAGAUGAUCCAAUAAUAAAUCCUCCAAACUAACAUCACAAGAACUGUAUAGGAGAUUAAGUAACGAGAAUUACUAAUGAGAUAUUGGGAGUUAAAGGGUUAAGUCCCACUGUUAACCUAGACAGAAUUUCUCUUUACACUUUAAGUAUGACAUAACACAGACAAGCAACAAGAAUUAAGACAAAUAUCAAUUUGGGGAUUAUUGGUUGAUCCAGUUCCAAAUUCUCAAAUUUAACAUCACAUAAAUUGUAUGGCAGACAGUAAGGAAGAUUACUCAUGAACUUUUGGGAGUUAAAGGGUUAAGACACACAUGAUAAUUAUUUGUAACAGAAAGACAGCAAAUAAAUAUAACAGUAUACUCCAAUAAAGUGUUCUUAUGUAGAAUGAAUUUUCAAACUCAUUGAAAUUAAGUUGACUUCAUAAUUCAUAUUCUAGUUAAAGAAAUGUGCAAUAUCUCUUUACAAGGAUGAAAAGGGAAUGUCAUUUAUGAAUUUUGAAAUAGUAAACGCUAAAAACAAAAAGAUGGACUUUAAAAAACUACUAAAUAUAGCAUAUCUAUUCACGGAGGUUUUAAUCAUUAGCUGUCACACAGAGAUAUAAAAUAGCGUUUCUGAAAAAACCCAGGGCAAUGAAAUUGAAGAUUCAGGAGGAGCAUAUGAUUUUAACUUGUGUACUGAUGUUCUCACCUGAACUCCAUCUGGAAUGAGAACUCUGCAGGCCUCUGUUUUAUCUUGAAUUCAAACAAAAUAUUCAAUUAUUUGCAGGCAGGUUAAGGAGGAAAUUAAAGGAUGGAUACAUGUUACAUAAAAAGAAACCCCUUACAAUAAAAUAAAGCAGAAGCAUCUUGCCUACAUGUCUAUGCUUCUGAAUACAGCUAUAAAAGGUAUAUUUUAAGUAAUUAUCUACAUAUGUUAACCGAGUGCAAUAUAUGGUCAUAAAAGCAAUUUUAUUCUAAUCUUCCUACUUGAGAGGUGUUUUGUGUAUCAAAUAUAUCAAGUUCAGUACCUCCAGAGUCACAAGCCGAGCUUUUGGGGCAACAAAAUAAUAAAAUAAUCAUCGAGUUAUGUCAGGCCAAGAUGAACAACUAUUUCAGUUACCAAGCCGCAAAAAUCUGGAACUCAGUUGAACCCGAUGUAAGAAAAGGAAACCUAUCCAACCCUGCGACGUCGAUUAAGAAUAAAUCAUUUUAAUUCCUUUUUUUUUGUUUUUUUUUUUCAAUCUCGUAUACUAGAAUCAGCUUGAAUUUAUUCCAUUCUUACAGUAAUUUGUACUCGCCUCAAUCCUUAUAAAUUGACAUUUGCAAUUGUAUAUGUUAGCCUUUUCUUGAUAAACCUAGUUGUUGUACACAUUUAAUAUAUUUUUAAUUCUCUAUUAAUUCUCUAUUCUCUCGUUUAGGGUUAUUUUAGGUUAGCACGUACGUAUUUUGAACGAGCGUUCCAGCUCACUAGACGCUAUAAAAAUCUGUUCUCUAGAGCAAAUUUGAUGUCAAACUCGCGGUGUUUUUCAUAGCUUAGUCAAGUAUUAAGGUGAAAAUGAUUCAAAAAGGCCAAAUUUCCCCACUCGUAUUUAGUUAUUUUAAGUACUAAAGGCAAUGACUGUAGUUUGAUGACUUUCGUAAGACGUGGUUCAGUUAAAAAGAGCAAGGGAGGCACUUGAAAAGAACCGUUUAAUUCGAUUCUGUCUCUUUUCUAUUCUUCGCUUUCGCUGUCUGUUAGUCUGUUUCGAAAUCGUAGUGUAUGAAGUCUUCAUCACCGUUUUCUUCUCUAAUGCCACUUUUUUCCCUCACCGUCUCGUCUUCGGGUCUAAUCGAGAGCAUUUUAAAUGUCGCAGGACUUGGAGGACUGCACUGUCGACUCUGCUGGAAUUUUCUUCCAUGUUCAAACUGUUCCUUACUGCAAAACGGGAAGAGAAGCCGCAAGGAAUCAAAGCAACAUCGACCUUUCGUCGCGCUAGCAAAUCUUACACGGGUUCGGUCAGGUGGCCGCGGAAGGAUUCCCACACUGAAAGCGCUUCUCCUCUACUGAAAACCUCAUAUUCUUGAAAAUCCGCUCUAAGCACCUAAGAAAGAAAAUGAAAUUUACAUCAGAGUUGUUGCAAAAGCUGAUAUAUACGAAAGUUCUAUAAAAAGUACGGCUAUUUUUAAGAACCCGGAACUCUGAUACGAUUGAAAAUAUCGUCACGCUGUAAAGCACAUGUACAGUAACGUGAGAGCAACUUUUAACUCUUUGCCAUCUCCUCUCAAAGUACGUGACGUACCCUUGGCUUAAAUGAGCAGAUGAGAGUUCAAGACUUGUUCGAAAGUCAGAUAAAUUUCGAUAUCUUGAGAUUUAACGAUUUCUCCCUUAAAUACGUGACGCGUUGGCAUACGUGACGCGUGAUUUUUUUAGGAUACUUGUAUGAAACGACAUAGAGAAACUCUCGAGAAAAAUUUGACAAAUUGGCCCGAAGCCUGUUCAAUAUGGAAAUGUUGCACGGAGAUUGGAAGCUAGGAAACCGCUGAAAGCCGUUGCAAGAGGAUCCAUUUUGAACACUGGUCAAUUCUAGCAGCAGGGGGUAGGGAGAAUUCGAGAAAGUUAUAGAAACCCUUAUUUAUUUAUUUAUUUAUUUAUUUAUUGCUUUUAAUUUUAUACAGUUUUUCUCGUUGGAAGCAACGCCGUCCUUCCUGAUGUGGGCUCCUGUACUUUCAUGGAGUACUUCUGCAGUACUCGUAAAUGCAAUGGUGCUUUUUAUAAAGCAUUUCAGAAAGACCCAAAGGCAGAUUGUGCGUAAGUGAUUUAAACGGUGGCGGUUCUUAAAGAUGUUAGUAUGCUGGAUACCAAAACAUCUGUUGCAACGCAUCUGUUGUCGUUGCAUUUUUUUCCAGGUCUAAUUCAUUUCUGUAGUUUGUUAUUUCCCUCAUUCCUCUUUACCCUCAGCCAUCCUGAUUUCUUUGGUUGGUUAUUGUCCUUUUUAAUUUUUCCUGUUUUUUCAAAUGGCUGGUUUUUUCUCUUUCUUUCAUUCUUUACUUUUUUGGAAUUGAAGACCGUUUUCCGCGUCGAAAUACGUCAAAACAUCGCAGCUCGACUUUGACCUUGAUAGUUUCUGUCUUAUCCCUACAGCGCGGUGUUCAGCAAAAUGAAAGAUUGUGUGGUCAAUGUGAUGAAGUUUUGUAGGAGAGAUCAACUGACCGAAAGCCAAAUCCAAGACAUCAUUGACGCCAUCGUGAAGAAAGAAGAAGUUUGUGACAAAGGUCGUUUGGGACUCCCCAUUAUGCCAGCAAGUAUUAAUCCUUGCUCGGCAUCAUUUAAAAAUGAUGUAACCAUAUGCGUUGGAUGCCUUCGACGAACAGUUAUCAAGGACAAGUCAGAUCCAGCUCUUUGCUCGUAAGUCAAAUGAACAUGCCUUUUAUAUCUUCGAUUGGAAGUGGACUGAAAUGAGCGGAAGGGGGGAGGGGGGGGGGGAAGUAUAACUUAAUGCUUGCUAGCUUUUGUGGCUUCGCUAUCCCUGCCUGAUACAGGGGCGAUUGAUGUUGAACCCAAAUUCACACUCACUAGGCAAAAGACAGAAUACCUUUCAAACCGGGUAAGAUACACAGCGUUUUUACACUAAUUGAAUGUAAUGUGAUCCCGUUCUUUCCCUCUUCUAAUCCCUUGAUUCCUAUCACUGGAUUUUUAUAAGUAUUGCUGCUAAUCCAGUUAAAGUUCCAAUCUGUAAUCUGUCAUGGUAAACCCCCCCCUCCCCCCUCGAAUUUCGUCAUAAUUGUCUGACAGCUCGCCUGUAUUCUUUUGUAUUCCUGAUCGGGUGGGAGAAGUGUGGGAAUUUAGUGUAUUCCUCAAUGACAACCCACAUUGACCGACCGAGGGCCGAACACUUUCCUCUCUUUAUAGAAGCCAGCGCGCUUAACAGAGUGCCAACUCUUCACUCUUUAGAGGGCUUUCACUUUUUCAAGUAAUCUUUGUAAAUUAUUUAUUUAUCAGAGAAUAUGCUGAAACAAAGAAGUGUUUAAGGGACCUGAUCGACUCUGACUGCAACCACCCAGCCGAAAGCAAGAAAGAGUUCUUGGACUUGUAUUAUAGUGUCUACAAUCCUUUCUGCGCGGACAAUCGGGACCCUGGGGCGACUAAAAAUGAUUCUUGUUAUGGCGUGCUGGAUGUUAGUGCAGCCGCUGGAACCGCCGGAACUCCUUUAGCUUUAGGUGUCUACAAUCCUUUGUGCGCAGACAAUCGGAACCCCGAGGUGACCAAAAAUGGUCAGUGCUAUGGCGUUAGUGCAGCCGUUGGAACCAAGCUCAGUGUAUUCCUAACGCUAAUGUUUGCUUUUUUUAUGUUUUUGUUCCUCUUUAAAGCUUAGACGGUUUAAACAUCUCGUUUAUCUUGAUUUACAGAACUCGGAAUUUCUAGUCUUAUGGGUUUAACUUAGAAAAGAACAAAACAAAACACACACGCACAAAAACAACAAGAACAAUGAACAUGUAACAUGAUCAAAGAAGUGCAGUUCACGUUAAAAUCAUAAUUAGCAACAGUUUAGAAAGUUGCGUUUCAGUAAAAUGUUUGCUUUCAUUUUUUGUUCUUUCAUUUUUUUCAAAUAAUAAAUGUUCAUUGAUCGAAGGGCUUCUUGCGAAACAAAUAUCAAAGAUUGUGUUUUGUGAUUGCUAUAUGGAGUCAAAUUUGGCAACUUUUGUCGAAGUCUUGUUUAAUUUGAUUUAAGAUUUUUUCUGUGAGAAUUAUACUUUUGUGUACAAGUACAC